AUGGCCAAAAAACCAUAUCGUCACAGGUCGUCUGGUAAAUUCAAUUAUGUAAACCGAUGGAUAAAAUACUUGUUAUGCGUUACAAAUUUCUAUUUCAUGAUGGCCGGGUGUUUGCUUUUUAUACUCGGUGUAAUAGCAUUCGCUGAAUCAGGUAUUAUAAAUAGGAAAUCUGGCAUCAGUCUCUUACAAUGGAUAUUUAAUCUAACAGUGCUUGUGUUUGGCGUUGGUUUUAUCACGACUUGUGUUGCAUUUACCGGAUUUAUCGGGUCUCUGCGGGAAAAUCAAUGUCUCCUCAAAUUUUAUUACAUUUCACUGGCUCUACUGUUUGUUUGUGAAACGAUUGUUGGAGUGUUCUUCUUUGUGUAUCGCGAGUCAGCGAUAAGUCGCAUUGAGGAAGUGGUAAAGAAAACGUUCAUUUCUCAGUACCGUGAAAUUGGAUUCGAGGAUUCGACUAAUUUCGUGGAUUUCAUUCAGAUUGAGCUUCAAUGCUGCGGUGCGAAAAGCUACAAUGAUUGGACGGAAAAUCGGUACUUCUCGUGCAAUUCCACAAACAUCAGUUCUCAGGCCUGUGGUGUGCCCUAUUCCUGCUGCAAACGAAUGAACAACAUUAAUGAGAAUGUGAUAAACACGUCGUGCGGAAAUGGAGUGCAGAAUCUGUCCCCACCGCAGGCGGCACCGCUAGUGUGGACGGUGGGGUGCGUGCAGGCUCUUGCCUCCCUCCUCGAAGCAAAUGUCGUUCCCGUCUCCUGUGCCGUCUCUGGCAUCGCCGUUCUUCAGGCAAGUCACCUCUCGCUUCUGGCGAUCCUCCUAGCGAAGGCGCUCUACACCCAAAUUGGCGACCAAUUGCGUCUGCUUCAACACGAGGGUCUCCUGCAAGCGCCAUCGUCCAAUUCUCUGUCACGUUUGACGGAUUUUGACAUGGCGCUGUCGAUUUCACUUGGUAUUCCGGUGCGCGCUGAAGUUGUUGUCAUCUGA